CAGGUAUCAGCCUUUAGAAGGUUCUUAUCUCAGCGAAGGCUGGGUUUAAACGACCAUUACGUUUCCAACGGAAGGUCUUUGUAUUGAUCUUGAAAGGAAAGGAAUUCUGUGAUACUCCCUCAGUUAGGAAAAAACCACGAUGGUGGUCCAAGGGUUCUUUCAUUUGCCAGUUGUCCUCUCCCUGUUGGUAUUGUUUCAUUCAGUAUUUACACAGUACCACCGUGAUACUCGCGAAGACUCCAUCUUUGGGAUGAUGUUACAAAAUCACAUCUUUAAAACAAUCACCAGAGCUGCAUUCGGCGAUGAGUGUUUACGGGAAUGUUAUCAUGACAUCAGAUGCCAAAGCUUUAACUAUGUCUUCACCCAAGAUAAGUGUGAGCUGAGUAAUCGUACAAAGGAAGCCAGACCUGAAGAUUUUGUGCCCAACUCUGAGAGAUAUUACUUUAGACGAGACAUGAAUAGAGUCAUCCUCGGUGCCAUUCCAGAGCUUCCUGCAGGCUCGUGCAAGGAAAUCAAGGCCAGUGAAGGUGGACAAGCGGUCAGUGGUUAUUACUGGGUGAAUCUCAUUAAGAGAGCAGUUCUACUUCACUGUGACAUGAAGAUCGAAGAUGCUGACGAAUGCAAUGCCUCUAUCCCUGUUUGUGACGCUAACGCUGAUUGCAAGAACACUCUGGGUUCAUACAGUUGUUCGUGCAAAGCCGGAUUCCUGGGUGAUGGAAAAACUUGUAGAGAUAUUGAUGAGUGUAGUGCUUCUAUUCGGGUGUGUAACAUAAAUGCCGACUGCCACAACACCCUUGGCUCUUAUAGCUGCUCCUGUAAGCCUGGAUUUACUGGUAAUGGAAUGACAUGUGCAAAGCGAGAUGCUAAAAACUGUGCUGAUAAGUAUAAUUCAGGCGAACGAAGCAGUGGCGUCUACUCUAUCAACCCGGACGGUUCGGGUGCCUUCAAUGUUUUCUGUGACCAAACAACAGCUGGUGGGGGGUGGACUGUGUUCCAGAAAAGACUGGAUGGCUCUGUUGAUUUCUAUCUCAACUGGACUAACUACAAAACUGGCUUUGGUAGCUUGAAUGGGGAGUUUUGGCUUGGACUGGACAGAAUACACCGCCUUACUAAUAGCAGUAAUAACAAGCUUCGUGUUGAUUUGGAAGACAUGUCGGGAAAUACAGCCUAUGCCGAGUACAGUGUCUUUACGGUUGGCAACGACGCAACAAAGUACCAGCUGAACGUUAACAAUUACUCAGGAAACGCUAGUGACUCGCUGGCUUACCAUAAUGGUUAUCCAUUCAUGACAAAAGACGUUUCCUCAUCCAAUUGUGCCGUGACCUAUAAGGGAGCUUGGUGGUAUAAAAGUUGCUACCAAAGCAGCCUAAAUGGUGUUUACCAUCAUGGAAAGUACACUGGUGUUGAUAGCAUUCGGUGGCACGGAUUCCUACAUCACUCAGCCAAAAGAGCUGAAAUGAAGAUGAGACCCAUCAACUUAUAGAAAUCGAGGACAGAUAUUUAAUUGCUUCCCUCCUCUAUCAUCUCUUGUCUGGCCUUGGUUAGUGGGGAGGGGGACUGAGGGCAAGCGAGGGUGGUAAAGAAAGGCUCUUUCCUCUUUUCCUCCCUCUUACACGCUGAGAACAACUCACGUAGUACUAUGUCGUCACUGAAACAGACAGCAGUAAUA